AUGGAAAACGGUCCUGAAUUCCUGUACUUGCCAAAGGAAGAAUGGCCGGUCGAAAACGCAAAACCCGAUGCAAAAGAAGUUGAAAGGGAAUGUAGAAGUUCAAAAUUGGUAGGUGCAGUGACAACGUCAGUAAACGUAAUUGACAGUGAAAGGUUUUCAAGUUGGAGAAAGCUCGUACGAGUUACUGCUUGGGUUUUGAGAGCUAAGUCAACAUUAUUAGCAAAGGUACGGUCGACAGCGAAGGACACAGCAAGAGGAGAUUGCUUAACACCGGCAGAACUCGAAAGAAGUAGGACAUUCUGGAUUAAAAGAGCUCAAACAAAGAUUCGUGCACAAUUGAAAUCUAACGAAUUAAGAUCUCUGAGCCCUUUUACCGAUGAAGAAGGCACUGUUAGAGUUGGCGGAAGAAUUGAUAACUCAUUAGUUUCUUACGAAACCAAGCAUCCUGCUCUCCUGCCCUAUAAUCACCGAAUCUCCAAAUUGAUAGUGGAAGAGUUUCACAAAAGAGGUCACCACGGGGUGGCAACUACGGUAGCAAAAAUCAGAAGAAUGUAUUGGAUCAUUCGAGCACACGAUUUAGCAAAGAGCAUCAAGGCAAAGUGUGUCACAUGUCGAGCAGCAAACCCAAAAACCGAAUCACAGAUAAUGGCCAACUUACCACCACAGCGACUUCAACCCCAUUCCCCACCGUUCCACUACACAGCAUGCGACUACUUUGGACCACUGACUGUCAAAGUGGGAAGAAACAAGAGAACGAAACAUUACGGAGUAAUCUUUACGUGCCUAAAUACUCGAGCAGUCCACCUAGAAAUCGCCACCGACUGUUCAGCGAUGGAAUUUAUCCAGACUCUGCGAAGAUUCUUCUCAAUUCGGGGAUACCCAGCAGAAAUCUUGAGUGAUAACGGUACGCAGUUUGUUGGUGCAUUGACCGAUCUGCGCAAAAUGAUCCAAGGAGCUGACAAAAGGCUACUUCAAGACUACUGCGCGGAAAAGGAGUACAAUGGAAGUUUAGCACCCCAGCGGCACCACAUCAAAACGGAUGUGCAGAGGCGAUGGUGA